AUGAGACUGCUGCUCCUCAUAGCGGCCUUAGUGCCAUUUGUGUUAUCACAGUACUACAUGCAACAACAGGUCCGUCCUGUCAUGCAACCUCAGCAACAGAGAACAAUGUAUUAUCCAGUGAGGACUAAUUGCCAGAACAGAUGUAACCAGCAGACUAGGUAUAGGUGGAAUGUGAGACCAACAAAUAUCCGACCAAAUGUUCAAGUGCAAAUCCGUACUCUUCCAUCAGCACCUGGACCAAUUAGACCAGUAGUGAACCCAGUUCCAGUUCCACUCCCAACUCUUCCAACACCACCACCAAGUACAUUGCCUCCAAUCACAUACCCAAGAACUACUGCUGGUGUACCAAUCACUACACCACAAACAACAACCGAGACUACCACUCAGCCACCAACAACCACCACUACUCUUGAAACUCCUGCUCCUGAGUCAACUCCAUCUAUGGCUCCAUCGCAUACUGACCCAACUCCAGCACCCGAGACAACUGUUGCCCCCACAACAAAGUACUUGCGUCCUGAGCGCAAACAAACAAAAGCCAAAUACUUCAACCCAUGCGCUGUCGGUCAGCCACUUCUUAACGAAUUCUCCACUCCCAUCUCAUGCAACUACUUGAACCAACCAAACGGCGGAUGCCCUGAAGAUCAUUUCUGUCAUACUGGAGCAUCAUUCUCAACCACAGCGUGUUGUCCAUUAAUAUCUUCAGAAGACAGAUGUGCUCAGAGGAGAGAUACUGGAGAGGGAGAUGAACUUGUAGCAAGAUGGUACUUUGACAGUCAAGCAAAGGAAUGCAGACGUUUCUUGUACAAGGGAAUCCGCGGAAAUGCUAAUAACUUUGUCACCAAAGCUCAAUGUGUUGAUGCAUGUGAAGCAGGAACUGUGACAGAUGAGACCAACCCUUGCAAGUUCAGUAACGCAGCUACAUUCAAAAAUGGUAGUCGCAUCAUUUGCGGUCCAAACGAUGACUCGAUGUGUCCGAACGGAUAUUACUGUCAUAUCGGAGAGAACCCGGAACUGACUGCUUGCUGCGAGAACAGUGGACUGACCGAUCCUUGCUUACUCUCAAUCAAUAUCGGUCAAGGUAAAGCUCUUCUCAAAAGAUUUUACUACAACACGUUCUCGAAGAGAUGUACUGAGUUUAUAUACAAAGGAACGAAGGGAAAUGAGAACAAUUUCUUGUCUUAUACACAGUGUCAAGAAAAAUGUCAAAAGUGGGAUAACCCAUGUCCAGUAGCUGUUAACUACGCUCAGAAGAAAGAGUGUGGAAUGGAAUCUAACAAUGGAACUGAAUGCAGUGCUGGACAAUGGUGUCAUAUCGGAGCCACCAAGGAAACCUCUGUCUGUUGCCCAGGAGCUUCACCAGACCCAUGCUCGCUCCCAAUGUUUAGCGGAGAAGGGACCGGAAAUCUGACUAGAUGGUAUGCUGAUCCAGCUGACAAGUCAUGCAGCAGACAAUGCAAAUCAUUCACUUACAACGGAUCCAAAGGAAAUCAAAACAACUUCCUCACUAAACAACAAUGCGAGUCAAAAUGCAAACGCGAGUGUAAGAACCCAUGUGGAUCUGGAACAAUGCUGAUGACACCAACGAAUGAACCACGUAUCUGUAGCCCAAGUUCACCAUGUCCGAGCUCUCAUUGGUGUCACGUUGGAAUAACUCCAGACACCACAGUUUGCUGCUCUGCUGUCCAGAAUACUUGUGAACUCCCAAUGACUAGAGGAUAUGGAAACUCUCAUUUGACCAGAUGGCAUUUUGACAAGAACUUGAACAAAUGCGUCAAAUUCAUUUAUAGUGGAGAGGGCGGAAACCAAAAUAUGUUCCUCACUCAAGAAGAUUGUUUGUCUAUCUGUCCAGUGUUCGAGAAUCCAUGUGGAAAUGGAAAACCACUUUUGAUUGGAGCCAAGCCAAAACUUUGCUCACCAGAUGAGAGAUGUCCAUCAACUCAUUUCUGUCACAUUGGAGUCGAAGGAUCUGAAAAUUACUGCUGCCCAAAACACGGUGACCCAUGUCAACAAUCAUUGGCCACUGGAACCGGAGGAUUUUCAAUUACCAGAUACUAUUACGACAAGGAAACCCGCAGAUGUCGUGACUUUGUAUACGAAGGACAAAAAGGAAACGCUAAUAAUUUCUUGACCCUCGAAGAUUGUGGACUUGUGUGCCCAGUCCUUCCAAACCCAUGUAGUAUGGGAGAGCCUCUGCUCAGCAUUCAGAAAGAACCAGUCAUUUGCGGCGGAGAAGACACCUGUCCAAACGGAUACUAUUGUCAUGUCGGAGGAGCCCCAGAAACCACCAACUGUUGUCCUGGAACUCGCCGUCCAUGUGAUCUAUCACUUGAGGUCGGCCAAGGCGUUGAGAAACUCGAGCGCUGGUUCUUCGAUGGAGGAAUUCAAAUGUGUCGUCCAUUUGUUUACAAGGGAAUGAAAGGAAACUCGAACAACUUCCUAACCAAACAGUCGUGCCGACAGGCUUGCAAGGAAAUGAACCCGUGCGGUUAUGGGGAUCCACUCGUUGACACUGCUGGAGAACGAAUUUUGUGUACUGGUGGACAGAGAGUUGAUAGUUGCCCAACAAACAGUUACUGUCACGUUGGAUCCAGUGCGCUUACCACUUUGUGUUGUCCAAAGAGAAAGAUUGACCCAUGUGAUCAAGCUGUCGAAGAAGGAACCGGAUCUGAAGAUUUGCCAAGAUGGUUCUUCGACCGCAAACAAAACAGAUGUGCUCCAUUUACAUACGGAGGAGUUGCUGGAAACGAGAAUAACUUCAUAAGUCAAAACACUUGUAUGGAUGCCUGUCCUGAAUACAGAAACUACUGUCCACAUGGAAUUCCAUUGAUUGAAAGUUCAACAGUCACUUCAUGUGGAAUUGAUAAGGGAUGUCCAGAAGGAUUCAUCUGUCACAUGUCUUCAGAAUUCAAUGUCUCUAUUUGUUGCCAGGACCCAAUGGACUUCUGCUUAUCAGCCCGCGAUUCUGGACCAUGUAACAAUUUCGAAAAACGAUAUGGUUACGAUGCGAAUACCGAUACUUGCGUUGAAUACCAAUACGGAGGAUGUGAGGGAACAUUGAAUAACUUCCACUCUCUUCAAAGAUGUACUGAAAUUUGUUGCAAAGAGUACAAGAGAAGACACCGAUUGUAA